UCAUGUGAUUUGGUAUAUAGACCGCCAACCGUGAAAUUGACAUCCGAAAGUCAUUCACAGAACGAACCGAAUAAAUUCAUCAAGUUUGAACAACGAAGAAAAAAAAUCAUUAUGGGAAAGCGCAAUAAAACCAGUCUCGAAUCACAACACAAUAACGCAGAGAAUUUGGCAAAGAAACAACAAGAAGUGUUCUUUGUUAUCCUUUUUUACUGUUUACUCAUCAUUAUUUCACCGAUUGCCACGUUCUUUGGAUCAAAGUAUUUCAUUUACGAUUCACUGUUCGAUCCGAUACCCAGCAACAUUUGGGCAGCUGUAUCAGCGGUAGUUGCAUUGCACAUAGCACUUGGUUUAUAUUUGUAUCGCGCAUACUUUGGAGCCGAAGAAACAAAAUCACUUCGAAAACAAGAAUAAAGGCAUCGUUUUUAUUGUACAUUUGCCGUAUU